GAUAUCGUUAUACAAUUUCAACGAAUCCUAAAUUGAUCAAGAAUACAUACGUAUAAUUUAAGGAAGCAGGCCAUGUUUGCGUGUUGCUUUAUAUUAUCAACGGAGUGAUGUCAUCUUUUAGUGGUUGGUGAUGAAAACCCAUUAGUUGACUAGAAAUCUCAUGUCCAAUCUCUGCCACCAAGAAUAUAUUUUACGGGGUUUAUAUGAGUUUUCUCAUAUAUAUAUAUAUACAUAUAUAUGUUCGUGAACUUUACCAAAAUAGUGAUAGUCUUAUUACAUCUGUAUAACGUGUGAUUGAGAGCACAUAGGGCAACAAGUACAAAAGAUAAUGGGCGGCUUGAAGGAAUGAAUUCUGGUGAUGUAUCAUUCCGAAAAUAUUUGCGAUUUUGUCCGUUAAUCGAACAAUUGACAGUUUUUAAAAUUUCCAAUUUACAAUUUAAAGAAUGUCAGUUAAAUAUUGAAUGUUGGUAAAAAUACGUAUAGCCUAUCAUAGGGUGCAUGAAUAUUUUAAACAUAUAUAUCAUUGCAAUUUAGAUGGUUGGUUGGUUGGUCUUGGUCUUGCUGAUUGCUGCUGACUGUGCUGGAUAAUCUUCCAUAAAUAUCUCAAGUGGGCGUUUGUCAGAGUAAUUCGCUCUGUUUACUUUGCUAUUGAGAAAAACAAUUUAAGCUGACGCCAGUAAAAAUUUUCUUAAUUUUAAAAAUUGUGUAGACGUACAUACAUACUUCCAUACAUAAUGCAUAAUAGCUUCCACGCACAAUUAUUUACAAACACGUUUUCUUACACACACACACACACACACGCACCCACACAUAUACAAUAUAUAUGAUUUUAAAUUAAAUAAAUCGCUUUCGUAUAAAUGUCCCUUAAAAUAGCUUUAAUAACAUUUUUUCUCUGGUAAACACUAAAAUAUACUUAACGGACAAGGAACACGAAAAAUAUGAGUGGAUUCCUAGAAAACCACUUCAAAAAACAAAAAAAAAAAAACAAUUAUACGAAACAACCGAUAAACGCUACCGGCCGCACACACUAUAAUAUUAGGUCUUGUUUUGAGAGAACAUAAGGUAUAUAAUUCAGCCAUGGAUACGGGCAUGUCUUUAAUCAUAUUCAUGCACACACAUAUAUAUAUAUACAUAUACUUAUAUGUAGACAUUUCAUAGUAACAAUAAAACUAUAUACAAAUAUGGCUGAUGUUUUCCUUGUUUGCAAACUUUCCGUUUAGUAUAAAAUUGCACUUCAACUUACACACUAACUAUCCUAUACAUAGUCGCGUGAAUCCAUUGAACACACAACGCUUAAUACGUUGGCGUAGACGUUGGUUUACAUUGAAACAAGGCGAGAUACCGGAGCAGUUUUGCCUAGAAUACUAUGCCGAUCGCAAGUGUCGCAAACUGAAGGGUGUCAUUGAUUUGGAUCAAUGCGAACAGGUGGAUUGCGGUUUGCGUUUGGAAAAUCGUAAACAGAAAUUUCAAUUUAUGUUUGAUAUUAAGACACCGAAACGUACCUAUUACUUAGCGGCCGAUACGGAAACGGAUAUGCGUGACUGGGUAAAUUGUAUUUGUCAAGUGUGCCAUUUACAUGACACAAAACAAUCGCAAGAUGAAAAUCGUGGUCAGAAUAUAAAUACAACGACUAUCAGUUCGGUGCAUACGAGUUCUUUUAAUGACGCUACAAGUAUAAAUUCAUCGACCGGCAAUAUUGUAUCGGUUAAUAUACGUCAAAGUUUCUAUAACGAUAUACUACGGAAGCCUACAGCCGUAGUGGAACAACAACCGAUAAUCACCGGUGGCCUAGGUAAUGCACAAAAUAUCAAUGAUAGCGCGUACGUUAACACUGAAUACACUAAUCGCGAAACCUUAUUGUGUGACGCUCACUUUGAAAAGCAACAGCUAGAAAGUGUGGCAGCCGUUACGAAUAAAGAAAUGAUUACUGAUGCAAUACAACAGCAACAGCAACAGCAACAGCAUCAAACUGCUGCUUUAUACUUGAAUGCAGCGGCUUUUCAAGAAUCUCCGCGAUUGGCUGUUAGCUCGAAUGGUGUGGUGCGCAAAAUACCUGAAAAUCUGGUGCUUAAUAAUACACCGCUGCCUGAAACGCAAACCCAUAAUGUACAACCGUCACCGGCCCUAAGUACGGCUUCAGGCCCUUACAUACCAAUAAGUGAAUGUUUUUCGGGUAGCCCAAAAUUUAUGGUUGAAGGUAAUAAUCCCACAACGCCCUUAAAUAAUUUGGAUCCGAAAUUUUAUGAUACACCGCGCAGUCAUAAUAACAUCGGUUUAAAUUUAACCAAUGAUCAAUCGUAUUCACCAAAAAUCACAAACUGUGGAACGCAACAGCCUUUAUCGGUUACCAAAAAUCGCAGUCAACGCUCCGAUUCCGAUUCGGAAAGUGUUUUUACCGACGAUGACGAAUGGACCCACCCAAUGCCUUUAAGAGAAAAUUUAGAUCGCAAUACCCGACCCUCAGAUAGUUCGGUGGAAAAUGAAUCCUUUGUGUUAACUUACUCGCAACGGUUUUCCAAGAUACCAGACGAUCUUAGUAAAGAUCAAAAAGCAAAUGGAAAUUCCAGUGAAUGUUUGGAAAAAUUAGCUAAAGUUUUAAAGAAUAAAAAUAAUUUAAUAUUAGAUUUCAAGGAAAAUGAAAAGCUGCCAAGAGAUCUACCCCAGUUUUCCGAUACGGAAAAUACUUCCCCCGCCAUUAUAGGGCCAAGAGAUGCUAGUUCAGUAGUCGAUGAAAGUUACGAUAUACCGCGUUCCCAUCAACUACCCUAUUAUAAUAUGGCCCAUCUCAUUGAUAAGAUGACGACCAGCCCAGGUGAAGCUAAUCCCAUAGCAGCAUCAACUCCAAAUUUAGUGCCAGUUCCCGCCUCACCAGCAUCAUCCGUGACUUCAUCAAGUAAUCAAACAACAACUACGACAAAUAUUGUACGUACUUUGCCUAGACCUCAUUGUUAUACGAAUGCUGCUCCCAGUAAAGUGGAAGGAAAUGUUUUCCGUUAUGAUUUUAUGGAACAAAGUGAUGUACCACCAGUUAAUCGUAAAUUAAAACCAAAGCUAAGUGUCGAAGCCGAUAAGCCGCCAGAAGAGUUACCCGCUAAACCGCCACAAUUGGCAGCACAAAUCGAGGCUCUAAACAGUAAACUUCAAAGUACCCAAUUACAAGCGACAACCGUACCAGCAGCGAUCAUUGAAAGUAAGCCGAAGCUAAAACCGCCGUCAGUCGAUCGUAAAAACAAACCAAAUGCUUUUAAGAUUGGAAAUUCGAAUACUUUGGGAAAUAUAUCACGUCGUUCGACGGGUGCUCCAUUAUCUAUGGUGCUAACUCCCAAUAACGAUUCAUUUGUUAUGGAAACACGUACCUUACCACGUCAACCGCGACCUAAUUAUGCGAUUAAUAACCAAAGCAUAAUUUGUAAUACACCAGUCGCUAUUACAGGGGCUACUCCACCCAGCUUUACCGUACAACAUCAACGCACCGCCUCGGCAAACGCAGCCAUGCAAAUAGCAACGCCUUUUAUAACUAAUUCGUCUACGAUAACCGGCAAUACAUCGUUAAGUACAACAUCUGGGCUAUUACAUUUACCACCAAAAAAUGAGCAUAAAUUACAAUAUUUCGAUUUAGACGUUACGAAUGCUCCAGCUAUUAAUCGCCAAAGUAUGAGUAUUAGUAAUUUAAGUGCACCAGGUAUUAAUCGUUUAGCUUUGGCAGCCGAUCCUUCGGCCAGAGCUCCGGUACAAAGCAGUGUCGUUUACAAUUCCGUAGAUUUUGUUAAAACGGAGGCCUUUAAACGUAUACGCGAGGAACGGAAAAAAGAAAAUGAAGGUGUUAAUAAUAAUAGCAAAUAGACUGGAAUUUUGUUUUCAAAUUAUGUUUCUUGUAAUUAUUUAAUAAGAAAAAAAUAUUUAAUUGUCAUUUUACGCCAUAUGAGUAAGAGAUAUAAGCUUUAAAUUCAAUUUUCUAACAUUCAAACUCAAUUUUUUUUAAGUUUACAAUUACAAUGUUAUACAGAUAUUUAUCAAAAAAAUUUUCUCAUUAAACUACGUGCAAUAGCCGACUGUGUGAAAUGCUUGCUUUUUUUUUCUUGAAAUCUUAAAGCGCAAGUUCCAUCUGCCGUAGAAAUACGCCACUAACUAGUCGCGAAAUUCGCUGAGUUGCUGAGAAUUUCUCGUAAACAAUAAAUUCGUAUCAGCCGUAACACCUUCGUUAAAGACAGCAAUAUUCUCGUCAGAACUUAAAUUUCUGAGCCUAACUAUUGACUAAGAAAAAUUAGGAAAUACAUACGCCAUUUUGAAUUUUUUCGCGAAAUAUUCAUAAACAAUGUUCCUUUGUAGCGGCAAUAUAUUAUAUUUUUCUUCCUUUCAUUUCUGGUCUUACUUUGAUAAGCAGUAAAGUUAUGAACGAUAUAUUUCUGUUCAAACCGUAUUUUUCCUAUAACACAUUGAUCGAUUCGCUUAAAGUUAUUGGCCAAAACUGGAAAGAAAAUUGUCACGACAUAACCUCAAACACAUUCAACGAAAAUGAAACGUUUCUAUAGACAAGACAUUUAUGUUGAAAGUUAUCAAAAAAAAAAA